GGCAGGGCGCAGCGCAGCCCCAGGGCAGCAUCAGGCCUGCUGAAGGGAGGCACUGAUUUUCUCCUCCUCACAGCCCAACGGCACCCGCGUGCCCAUGGAGAUCGUGCUCAUGGAGAAGGUGGGCUCUGGCUGCCGCAACAUCAUCCAGCUCCUCGACUGGUUUGAGCUGCCUGACAGUUUCGUGCUGGUGAUGGAGCGUCCGGAGGCAUCGCAGGAUCUCCUGCAGUUCCUGAUGGAGCAGGAGUUCCUGUGCGAGGAGAUGGCGCGCUGGCUUUUCUGCCAGGUGCUGGAGGCCGUGCGGCACUGCACCGCCUGCGGCGUCCUGCACCGGGACAUCAAGCCGGAGAACCUCCUCGUGGACCCGGAGAGCGGCGACCUGAAGCUCAUCGACUUCGGUUGCGGCACCUUCCUCCAGGAGCGGGCCUACACGUCUUUUGCCGGUGAGCCCACGGCCCGGGCCCUGCUCCCAGUGCCAGGCACUGCACAUCCCCGCUCCCUGCUGGGCUGCGGCCUUCGGCCGGCUGCCCUUUGGCGCGGGGCAGAUGCCGUGCCCCAGGAGCCGGCUGCCGGCCCUGCCGACAGAGGGGGGCGGCAAAAGCCAGCUCCCGGCCUCUCAGCUCGGCAGGCCCACGAGGGCUUGGGCUGCUCUGCUGGCCUUCUCUGCCUUGCAGAAUGGUUUCUUGGCUUUGGCCAGCUGGCUGGGGGGCGCCGGGUGGCCUUGGGGGAUAACCGAACACACGAGUACAGCCCGCCCGAGUGGAUCUGUCUCGGCUGCUACCACGGCCAUGCGGCGACCACCUGGUCCUUGGGCGUGCUGCUGUACGUCAUGGUCUGCGGGCGCCUCCCCUUCAGGGACGACCGUGACAUCGUGCUGGGGCAGCUCUUCUUCUGGCAGCAGGUCUCUCCAGCUCCCCGCAACGUCGAUCUGCCCCCGAGGGCCGGCCGCAGCAGGUGGCUCGUGCCCGACGGGGUCAGCGUGGCACGCGCGGCCGAAGGAGGCGGCCGUGUCCCGCCGUGCCGCUCUCCCGCGCGGGGCAGAGGCGAGUGCCAACAUCUGAUCCGGUGGUGCUUAGCCAAGCAGCCUGCGGACAGGCCUGAGCUGGAGGAGAUCUUGCGCCACCCUUGGGUUUUCUGCGGCCAUGUCCGCCUUCAGCCAUGA